CGAGCGGGCGCGGGCGCCGCGCAGAUGGCCGGGACGAGCAAGGUCUGAGGCUCCGCUCCCCGAAACGUGACCAUGUGGAUUCAACAGCUUUUAGGACUCAGUUCCGUGUGCAUCCGCUGGCCGGGCUGCUCCCUAGGAAGCCAUGCUUGGAUACUUAUAGCCAUGUUUCAGCUCGCCAUGGAUCUGCCCGCCUGUGAGUCCCUGGGCCCCGGCCCCGAGUUCCGGCUCCUGCCGCGGCCAACGCACCGGCCUCCCAGGUUGUGGAGUUUUAAAAGUGGACAGCCGGCCCGGGUCCCCGCCCCGGUGUGGAGCCCGCGCCCGCCCCGCGUGGAGCGCGGUCACGGGCAGAUGCAGAGUCCCCGUGCCAAACGGGCGCAUAGACCCCGGGACCAGGUGGCCGCCCUGGUUCCCAAAGGGGGGCUCGCCAAGCCCCCAGCUGCUGUGAAAUCCAGCCCGUCCCUCGGCUCCUCCUCCUCCUCGUCGUCGUCCCCAGCGGGCAGUGGGGCCACCACGGACCAGCAGGCCCUCCUGCGGAGGGGGAGGAGGCACCUGCAGGGGCCCGGCUUCAAUGGUUUUGACUUCCGAGGCAGCAGGCCCACCACGGAGACGGAGUUCAUUGCCUGGGGGCCCACCGGGGAGGAGGAGGCCCCAGAAUCCAACACAUUUCCGGGCUUCUACGGCCCCACCACAGUCUCCAUCUUCCAAACUCGAAAGACAACUGUGGCCACCACCACCACCACCACUAUGGCCACCACGGCCACUUCCAUGACGCUGCAGACUAAGGGGGUCACCGAGCCCCUGGACCCCAGGAAUAGGAUCCCAGUUGGGUUUAGCACAACGGAGCCUUCCACCAGUCCCAGCAAAGACGGUGGCCAAGACAAGCCCCCACGGAUUCUGGGGGAGACCUCAGGUUUGGCUGUCCAUCAGAUUAUCACCAUCACCGUCUCCCUCAUCAUGGUCAUAGCUGCCCUGAUUACAACUCUUGUCUUAAAAAACUGCUGUGCCCAAAGCGGGAACACGCGUAGGAACAGCCACCAGCGGAAAAUCAACCAGCAGGAGGAGAGCUGCCAGAACCUGACGGACUUCACCCCCGCCCGGGUGCCCAGCAGCCUGGACAUCUUCACGGCCUAUAACGAGACCCUGCAGUGUUCGCACGAGUGUGUCCGGGCGUCCGUGCCCGUGUACACCGACGAGACGCUGCGCCCGACGGGGGAGUACAAAUCCACGUUUAACGGGAACCGACCCUCUUCUUCUGAUCGGCAUCUUAUUCCUGUGGCCUUUGUGUCUGAGAAAUGGUUUGAGAUCUCCUGCUGACUGGCCGAAGUCUUUUUUACCUCCUGGGGCAGGGCAGACGCCAUGUGUCUAUUUUAUGGAUUCCGUUGGUGAACCUGUAAAAAAAUAAAAUAAAACAAUAAAAACACAAAACCUAAAACUAAACUAUCUAAGAGGGAGGGUCCCCACACCUACCCCUUCUGUCUGCCGGUGGGGAACUGACAGAGCAGGACGCUAUAGGCCAAAUAUAUUUUUAUAAAAAUGCUCACGCCUAUGGGGAACUGCCUUUUCCCGAGUUUUCUUUGGAGAACAGAACCAAGAAAUGCAAGAACGGACCUGGAGACAGAGAGGAGAGGAGACCAAGCGACAGGACCGAAGGGAGCGCCUGACCCUGGGAUGUGUACUCCGAUUCCGAACCUGUGCCAAUAAUACCAUUAUGUGCCAUGUACUGACCGAAAGACUUGGUGACACAGCUGAAGCCAAGCGAACCGCGCGUAGAAACUCACAGUAAACUGGGGUGGGAAUCUCUUCCGAUAGAGUCUCUAUUUCUGGUUAAUAUAUAUAUAUAAAUAUAUAAAUACACACAGACACACACACACACUUUUUUUGUACUGUAGCAAUUUUUGAAGAUCUUCAGUGUUCCUUUUUAAAAAAAAAAAGUGUGUUAUCAGUUACAAAAUCUGAUUUACUUAACAUGCUUAGUAUGAACAGAAUAAACUGGUGUUUUCUACUUUGGCAAUUCACACACACACGCAUACAUACCCACACACACACACACAUACACGCACAUAGAUAUGCAUAUAUUGGAAAUGCAGUUCCACGAGUGAGCAUAUCCUUUCUGGUGACCUGGUACCCCAUCGCCAUCCACCCCGGGGACAGCCUCGACCCAUGCAAGGAGACCCUUAGAUGACUUGUCCCGCAUUUGCUAGGUAUUUGGUGAGUGGCAACAGACGUGCGAUUUAUUAUCUUGGGCCAGAAUUAAGAAUGCCAUGGUUUUAUAUACAUACAUAUAUAUAUAUACACACACACACAUAAAUAUGAUCUUUUUGCAUUUAAUUGUUUGAAGAAGCUACCUGACAGCCACGCGCACGUUUAUGUAGCUGGCUGCUGACAGAGGGGCCUGAGCGUGAGAUUGGGUGGGCCGUGGAUUGUUGGCCAUCUUGUGUUAUACAGGCACAGACCGAAUUAAAGAAAUUUUCCAGUUCCAAAAAUUAAAGGAAUAUAUCCUUAUAAUGUGUGUGUGUAUGUCAGAGCAGAACUCAGAAAUUUACAAGGGCCCAAGUCUGUUUGGAAAUGAGAAAUAAUUUCAUGUGCGAAAGACCCAGGCUGCUCCCACGUGAGCCGUGCCCCAGCAUGGUCUGCAUUUCUUUCCCACACCAGUGGACAGAAGGUGCCUGCUCUUUCUUGAGCCGGAGAGUGACUUUGAAUGUUGGGGGAGGCUGUAGCAAAGAUGCUGUCUCUUGUCGGCUCCCAUUGGGCGACAUUUGUGUUUUGACAUCAAGAAUCCUACUAAGGAGGUUUCCAGCGGAAAUGGGGCCCCAGACCAGAGCCUCAUUACAGAGAAUCCCGACCACACGCACUUCAUUAAAAGUACUGCCAUGUCUGGCAGGGUGGGACUCCCUCACAACCCCACUUACGAAGGCGCCCUGGUGCCCCAGCGCGCGUCAGUAGGGGGCGCUGUAAGGGAUAAGUGGGUCCAUCUGAGGGUCUCACACCUCCCCAUUCAAAAGCGAGUGUCUCCUUGGGGGGACCCCAGAUCAGGUGCGCAUGGCCUACCUCCUAUGAAUGGCCCACGUGUGACUGUGGUUUCACCUGUGGGGUAUGUGAGCCAGUCUAACGGAAUGUCUGCAGACCAGGUUCAAAGGUUAAAGGUCAGGUGGACAGCUAACCUCGCACCCCUUUGUUGGCUGGGCUGGAGACCUCCUGAUUCUCCCACUGGGCUCAGUCUCCCUCUGCGUCACCUUAAAAUGUGCUUAACAAGUUCCCUGUUGCACCUCUUGAAUAUGGGAGAGUAAAGCAACGUCAAUGGAGGGAAAAAAUUGUUUUUGUAACACCGUAGGGUGAAGGUCUGUGUUCAUGGUGUUGCUUGCCGAGUAGGAAAGGCAUUGUUUUGGUUUGGUUUUGGUUUUGUCGUUUUCCCCCAAAGCUUCGGCACACAGAGACACCACAAACAUCCGCCACUGGCGUGUGAUCACAUCCCGUUGCUGGGACUCACCUGUGUAGCGCUCCAUCCCGCACCUCCCUUUGUGGGCCAUUCCACUCAUCCAUCUCACUGCCUGCAAACCACGCUCCCCUGGAGGCUGGCGCUGGGCCUUCCUGACUCAGGUGAGCACAGCUUGGUGUCACUGUCACCAGGGCCAGGCUGUCAGCCUCGGUCAAGGCCGUUGAAGCUGCUGCUCUGCUCUAACACGCGGAGCUUCAGUGAGCCCAGCCAGGAAGAAGGUGAUGGCAGGGGGCCUGUUCAUUCUCCAACAGUGGGAACCCAGGGUUCCCGAUGGGGCCGCAAUUCGGUGUCCACCACCUCACCUCUGGCUGCACGCCCGAUGCCCGAACUCUUUCCAGAGCACCUUAGGACUCCAGGCCUGAAAUAACAAAGCCCCCUUCCCCCAAACACACACACACACAGCCCCUCGGGCACACACUCAGGGCAGGGCCAGGAGACGCGCACAUGUCCAACCUCCAGACAGGCAGACCCCAGCACGUUCCCCACCAGGAGGUCUAGU